CAUUCGUUUGAUUCUUGAUCGCUCUUCCCUCGCGUUUGUCACACUGAAUCAUCUUGUCUGGUCUGGCGGUUCUAAAUCUCCCUCCGACCGUCGACUAUCUAUCAUCCACACGAUGUCGAACGAACCCCCCGGCGCCGUUUGGCCCCCGUCGGACGACCCAGGGCGAGGCCGCGUUGCCGCCACCACAACCGCUCCUACCACCACCUCCUCCUCCUCCUCCACCACCACCACCGCAGUCACAGCUCCGACCACGACGCGUCGCUCACGACGUAAGAAGGACGACGCCGAUCCCGACGGCGAUAAGGCCAAGACGAAUCUCAACGGCGCUCAAGCUCUCCCGCCAGCCGAAAUCCAACCCGAAAAGGAGCUGAAGGACAAGGAUCCCAAGCCACGCGCCCGCCGUCCCCGCGAAAAGUCCUCCUCGGCCGUCUCCUCCACCAACACCCCUUCAUCAACCUCGCGCAAGAAGCCCAAGCUGGAGGCCGCCGACAGCCUCCAGCAGGCCCGGCUCCCGGACCUGCUGGCGGCUUCGUCCGCUGGGGGACUGCAGACUCCCAAGGCCGAGCCGCAUCAACCACUGCUGCAGCAGCAGCAACAACAACAACAACAACAACAACAGUCUCUCCCACCGACACCUUCGCAAGGGACACCACUCCAGCUCUUUCAUCACCAGCAGCCGCAGUAUCAUACCCCAUAUCACCAGCCACCACCGUCGCAGUCUCCUCCGCCACCCGUUUCUUCCUACACCAGUCAGCCGCCAACCAGUACCACCACCACCACCACCACCACUACCGCCGGUCCCUCUACCUCAUAUCUCUCUCAAUCCUUCCCGCCGCCUCGGCCGCAAUCGCAACCCCCCCCGUCACAGUCACAAACAGCGGCCCCGGCAGUGACCAGGACCAGUGGUCAGAACUACGAUCCCAUCCGGUCGGCCUUUGGAGGCACUCCGUUCAGCCCCCCGACACAGAACAAUUCCCAUACUGCCACAAAUUACAAUGUCUCGCCACAUACCUCCUCGUAUCGGGCCAGUGCCUCCCCUGCCAUCUCCAGCAUCAUCGACCCGCCGCCGGCGCCCAAGGAGCCCACACAGCCCCUCUCCCAGUCAGCAUACGGGACCUCGGUGCUUCCGGCAACCACGAUAAGAUCUUCGUCUCUAGCCCCCUCGUCCCUACCGGCGUCUCCCUCCCCGGUGCAAUCGUCACAAAAGCUGCGACCACCGGAAUCAUCGAUCAGUGCAGCUCCUACCACCGCUACCACCACCACCAUCGCUUCACAACCGUCAGAAUCAUCGCAACAGCCGCAAGCUACAGCUCCCGCCAUGAUGGAGGUGGAUACCGAUCAGUCGCAGCAGCCACAGACCGCUACGAAUUCCAAGGUGUCGUCAAAACCGGCAACCAAAAAGGAGAAGGGCACCUCCACUGCUCCACCAUCGAGUGCCCCCUCCCCGAAACCGACUCGUCCGGCCAAAGAGGCCCCGCCCCUGCCACAGGGCUCUGGCCUCAUCUCUACCGCGCUGUUCGGCGUCGACGACAGCACUUCAAGCUCGCCUCGCAGCACUCCCAGCAUUAUCCUGCACGUACCCCUACAAGGCACCGGCAACCAGAUCAUCAACUUUGCCCGUCUGGCGGAAGAGCAGUACGGCUUUGCUGCGUUGCAUCCGCGUCUAGCUGCCCACCGUGAACGAUUGGCUCGCGUGGCCGCCGCGGGCGCCGCCCUGGAAAAGACCGACCGCGGGGGGAAAGCAUUCUCGGCUGGCGAAAGCGCCGACGAGGAUCUCAGUCUUGACAUGGAGCGGGACAGCGACCUAGACGGCGACAUUGCGAUGGGCGGCAUGGCCGCGCUGAAUGGGCGCGCGGGGUUGGCCCCGGAGGCCGAGGACAGCACCAAGAAGCGCCGCAAGAAGAAGAUGGAGGACUACGACCGCGACGAUCCAUUCGUCGAUGACAGCGAGUUGGCUUGGCAGGAACAGGCCGCGGCCAGCAAGGACGGCUUCUUUGUUUACAGUGGACCAUUGGUGGCGGAGGGAGAAAAGGUCCAAGUCGAGAGGGCCGAUGGGACUAUCAAACGAGGCCGAGGCCGUGGCCGAGGUUCCGGUCGGGGUCGCGGGACGACAACAACACACCAGCAUCUUGCCAUCGCGGCUGCGGUGCCCGUCUCGCAGGAGACCGGCCUGCCGCUGCGCGGACCAGGGUCGCGCGGAGGCAAUGCAAACCGCAAGCCGCGCGUAUCCAAGGCGGCGCGACAGGCGAUGGAGUCCGACAAGGACAAGACCACUGGGACGAACCAUACGGGCAAUACGACAGAAGCCUCACGCGGGGGACGAGGAGGAGGAGGAGGAGGAGGAGCAGCAGGAGGAGGAAACCUUCUACUACUACUACUACUACUACUACCACUACCACUAACGCAUCUACUGCGCCUACUUCUGGUCCAGCAUCUGCUACCACAGGGUCCACGGCACCUGCGUCGGCGUCGACAUCUACGCCGGGGAUGGUGGAUCUAGCACCCGCGCCGGCCAAGGUAGGCCUGACGUCGGGCUACGGCCAGGAAUUGAUGAUGAAGUGAAGGAGUUUUUUUUUUCUUCAUGUAUCGUAUGGAUAUUUUUUUUUUCUAUUGAUUAUUUGGAUGUGUGAUGUUGGUUUGGUGUUUAGGUGGGGUGUUGGGGUAUAGAUAAGUGAAGAAUUACCUACCUAACUAGGUAG